AUCAAGUCGUGCCCAGUUUUGGGCGUCUCACCGAAACCGUCUGAUAACUGAGCUGCCUUCGAAGUUCUCGUGCUUAGUGAAUCGCCAGCYUCAAAAUCAGAGAAGAGACAUUAAAAAGAGGAGAAUAUGUCUGUGGAAAUCGACGUCAAGCAUCCGCUUGAUCGGCCGUCCACUGACUUGCUUGAAGUAAGUCGACAUAGACUGGAAGGCUUGCCAACGCAUAUGGAAGAUCGUGAUGCUGAUGUAGUGAGGGCCUUCAUUGAUUCUAUGGGAACAAUGGGUGAAGUUGGGACCGAUUUUAGUCAAAUACACGGAACAGAGGAAGAAUGGAUGGAGCAACAAAGUUCAGCCCGAUUGUUCGAAAGAUCAAGAAUCAAGGUUUUAGCAGAUGAGAGAGAGCGAGUACAGAAAAAGACCUUCACAAAAUGGAUAAAUUCCCACUUACAAAGAGUUGGCGCAAGAGUAAAUGAACUUUAUCAUGACUUACAAGAUGGCCGCAAGCUUAUAUUACUAUUGGAAAUUCUCUCUGGGGAAAAGUUGCCUAAACCUUCAAAAGGAAGAAUGCGCAUCCAUAAUUUAGAAAAUGUUGAAAAAAGUUUGGUAUUCCUAAAGAAACAAAGAGUUCAUCUUGAAAAUAUUGGUGCCCAUGACAUYGUUGAUGGAAACCAAAAGAUUACUCUUGGUCUUAUCUGGACUAUUAUUCUGCGAUUCCAGAUAUCUGAUAUCUGGAUUGAGGGAGAAACAAAAGAACGAAGAUCUGCAAAGGAUGCACUAYUGUUAUGGUGUCAGUCCAAGACUGUUGGUUAUCGCAAUGUUACAGUAACAAACUUCACUACAAGCUGGAGAGAUGGRUUAGCAUUUAAUGCAAUCAUUCACAAGCACAGGCCUGAUCUGAUAGACUAUGAGAAGAUCACUAAAGUUGAUGCAGAACAGAACUUAGAACAAGCUUUUGAAGUUGCUGARACUCAGCUAGGAAUAACACCUUUAUUGGACCCUGAAGAUGUAAACGUAGACUUUCCUGAUGAGAAAUCCAUCAUCACAUACGUAUCUGCUUACUACCACUAUUUUGCUAAGAUGAAAACAGUAGAAGUUAGUGGAUCAAGAGUAGGAAAGGUCAUAGAAAGAAUCCGAGAAAAUGAAGCACUCAUUAUUGAAUACGAGAARCUCGCUACUGAUCUUCUUGAGUGGAUUGAGAUGAAGAUUCAUACUCUUGCAGAACGGGAGUUUGCAAACACAUUAAUAGGAGUCCAACAACAAAUGCUUGAGUUUAAUCAGUACCGUACUCAAGAAAAGCCUCCUAGGUUUGUUGAAAAGGGAAACCUUGAAGUGCAGCUUUUUAUCCUGACCAGCAAAUUAAGGGCCAAUCAUCAAAAAAUGUACAUUCCCCCUGAGGGGAGGAGUAUGGUUGACAUUAACAGGGCUUGGGAAAGACUUGAAAAGGCAGAACAUGAAAGGGAACUUGCAAUUAGAGAAGAAUUGAUGAGACAAGAAAGAUUAGAAAUGCUUGCUGGGAAAUUUGAUAGAAAGUAUGCUAUGCGUGAAACUUGGCUUGAAGAGAAYCAACGUCUUGUUGCUAUUGACAACUUUGGCAAUGAUUUACCAGCUGUUGARGCUGCAACAAAGAARCAUGAAGCCAUUGAGACUGAUAUCAUGGCAUAUGAAGAACGUGUUAAUACUCUUGUUGCCGUUGCUGAUGAGCUUGUGAGGGAAAACUAUCACGAUGCAGAGAGAAUCCAAAAUGGCAAGAACAAGAUCWUCCAACUAUGGGARCUUCUUCUGGUUCUACUCAAGCAGAGAAGAGCUCGUUUGGAAAAGUGCAUGCGUCUACAGAGAGUAUUCCAAGAGAUGAUCAAUAUUAUUGAUUGGAUGGAUGAAAUCAAGAUUGGUUUGUUAUCAGAAGACUAUGGCAAGCAUCUCUUAGGUGUCCAGGAUCUUCUACAGAAACAUAGCCUUGUUGAAGCAGACGUAGCUGCCAUGGCUGAUAGAGUCAAGUCAGUAAACAACCAAGCUGAGAGUUUCCUUCAAGUWGAUGAUGAUGAUGAAAAUAAACCAGACGAGAACCAAAUCAGAGAACACCAAGCAGAGGUUGAAGGUGCUUACAAUGAACUCCUGCAGUUGGCAGCCGUACGACGUGCRAGGCUUGAAGAAUCCCUUAAGCUUCAGAGCUUCUACAGAAAUGCUGAUGAAGAGGAGAUGUGGGUCACAGAGAAAGAUUACUUUGUUCAGUCUACUGAUUAUGGCCAUGAUCUCAACACUGCAAUCAUUUUAUUAAAUAAACAUGAGGCUGUUGAACGUGAAAUGCAUGGUCGUGAUGGCCAGACAAGAGCUGUAACAAGAAAUGGYGAAGAGCUGUUAGAGUCAGUUCCAUAUGCAUCAGACACCAUUCAGAACAGGCUUGAUAUCAUUAGGAACAAAUGGGAAAGACUACGAGACAAUUCYGGUUACCGCAAGAAGAAGCUCAAAGAGAAUGUCAAACUUCAGCAGUUUAUUGCAGAGUAUAACGACAUUGAAUCAUGGCUUGACAUGACCAAGAGAGUUGUUGAGAAUGAUGAUCUUGGUUAUGAUGAACAUAGUGCUGAGGCUUUGAUUAAGAAACACCAGGCUGUUGAAGAGAACAUUGAAGCUUAUGCUUCAGAAAUCCAGGCUCUACACAGCCAAGUAGAUACUCUUGGUGAUGAGGACAAGUCCUCACCUGAAGUUGUAGAGAGAUGUAACAAUGUUGAUCAGAGAUAUGAUGAACUCUUGAAACUAGCUGCUAUCCGUCGUCAGAAGUUACAAGAUGCCCUUUCCUUGCACCAGCUGAACAGAGAAGCAAACAUUGUAGAGUCAUGGAUUGAUGAAAAGGAAAAUCGUCUCGAUACAGCACUCACUGUAGAGAAAGGCAUGGACUUGGAAGAGUGUCAAAUUAUCCAGCAAAGAUUUGAAGGGUUUCAACAGGAACUGGAUGCUAAUGAACGUCGUGUUGAAUUGGUCAAUGACCUUGGCAGUAAACUUAUUGACAAAGGUCAUAUCAAUUCAGACCAGAUUAGGGAGACUACAGAUAGACUCAACACCAGAUGGUCCAAUUUGCGUAAUGCUGCCGACCUCAAGAAAGCUAAACUUGACAAGGCUCUCAGACUUCAACAGUUCUAUGCAGAGACAACUGAAACAAAGAUUUGGAUCAGUGAGAAGUCAAGCCUUCUGAUCACAGAAGAAGAUGUGACAAAUAUGAAAGACUUGUCAACUGUGAUGAUGCUGCAAAGAAGGCUCAAUAACAUCCAACGUGAUCUUCCUGCACUGGAGGACAAGUGCACAUCACUUGAACAAGAUGCUGAGCAGCUUUGCUCUGAAUAUCAAGGGGAGCCAGAGGAGCAAAUUGUUCAAGAAAAGAUGACAGUUGUCAGCUCAGGCUGGAUGGACCUCAAAGAUAAUGUCAAGAAACGUGAUGAAGCUCUAGCCGAGUCAGGAGAAUUACAGAGAUUUGUGAAAGACCUUGACGACUUCCAAGUGUGGUUGAGAAAUACUCAUAACGAUGUGGCUUCUGAGGAAAUUCCAUUGAGUCUAACUGAAGCUGAGAGAAUGCUAAAAGAACAUGAAGACAUCAAGGAUGAUAUUGAUUCACAUCAACCCGACUUUGAGAAGCUGAUUGAAGAAGGACCAAAAUGGGUGCAAGACGAGUCYGAAUUGCACCAGCAAUCUCUGAAAGAACAAUUGGAUCAACUUGAGAGUGGAUGGAAAGACCUUCUUGUUUUAUGGGAGAAGAGAAAGAGACAGCUUAUUCAAGCACUCAACCAUCAGCUGUUUAUCCGGGAUUCAAAACAAUGCGAAGCCUUACUUGGACAGCAAGAGCUCUUCCUUUCCAAGGAAGAAAAUGGGGCCACAGUGGAGGCUGUCCAAGAGCUUAUCAAAAAACACGAGGAAUUUUCCAAACGAAUGGAUGCYCAGGAUGAAAAGAUUAACCAAAUGAUUCAGUAUGCACAACGYUURGCCAAUGAAGGGCAUUAUGCACAAGACAAGAUCACUGAGAAAGCUCAAAGUCUUCAUGAAAGACGAAAUGCCAACCGGCAAAAGAUGGAAGCUGCCCUUCAGAGGCUUAGAGAUGCUCUGGCUYUGCAACAAUUCAUCCAGGAUGCUGAAGAUAUGUACGACUGGCUGAAAGAGAAGCAUCAAAUCGCUUCAGAGGAGACUUACAGAGAUCUAAGUAACAUUGGUGGUAAAGUGAUGAAACACAAGGCAUUUGAAGCUGAAUUGAUGGCCAACAAGGAACGUCUGGAUCAAAUCAGUGAUUCUGGCCGUGAAAUAGCAAAUGAAAAGCCAGAGAGCAAGCCCGAGAUCGAUGAGAGAAUCGAGAAACUCAAUCAAAAAUGGCUUGAACUGGCCGAGGURUCAAAGAACAAAGGAAACAAACUCGAAGAGGCUCAGAAACAAGAAGAAUUCAACCAAGGUGUGCAGACGAUGGGUGAAUGGGUCAAAGAAUUGGAAACAGUCAUCAUAACACAAGAAAAAGCUACAGAUUUGACAACAGCAACACGUCUUUAUCAGAAACACAAGCUAAUGGAGAAGGAAAUUGCUGCCAAAAAAGCUCGUCUACAAGAACUAGGUACUCAAGCUGCUGACAUGGUUGAUGCUGGACAUUUUGAUCCAAACGCUGUGCAAGAAACUAGAAUCAUCCUUGAAGAGAAAUAUGAUGCUUUAGAAGCUCCUUUGUCAGAAAAAGCUGUAGAACUCGACCUCGCUAUGCAGUUCUUCCAGUUYGAUCGAGAUGUUGAUGAUGAGAAGACUUGGAUCAAAGAGAAAGAGCCUCUUCUUCAAUCAACCAACUACGGCAACAACUUAUUCGAGGUCCAAAAGCUCAAGAAGAAACACCAAACCCUUUGCGCAGAGAUCGACAUCCACGAGGCUCACAAGAACCGCAUUUGUCAACAAGGAGAUGACUUGGYAGAUGCUGACCACCCUCAGUCAGAAGACAUUCGCAGGCGAGAAAAAGAGCUGCAAGAUCGCUGGGAUGACUUGAAAAAACAGUCUGAGGAUUAUAAAUAUCAAUUGGAGUUAUCGUUACAGGCAAAACAGUAUUACUUCGAUGCUGCCGAGGCUGAAGCAUGGAUGAGUGAACAAGAGUUAAAUAUGAUGGGUGACGAGCGAGGCAAGGACGAGGCGAGUGCAAAUGAUAUGUUGAAGAGACAUGAAACUCUUGAGGCAGCCAUUGCUGACUAUGCAGAGACUGUGAACGACCUUGGUGAACACGCCAACAUGUUGAUWGAGAGUAACCACCCCGAAAGCGAGACAAUUAAGAUUCGCCAGGCACAAGUGGACAAGCUCUAUGCAGGAUUGAAGGACUUGGCUGAAGAACGACGAGGAAAGCUCGACGAAACACUSAAACUAUACCAACUGAACCGGGAAAUUGAUGAUCUUGAGUUGUGGAUAGCAGAUAAGGAAGUUGUAGCAAGAUCGCAGGAUAUUGGACAAGAUCUAGCCCAAGUAGAGCUAUUAAUCGAGAAAUUCGAAGACUUUGCUCGCGAUACGACCCACGUGGGCACUGAACGUGUUGCUGCAACGAACGCGUUGUGUGAUCAACUGAUAGGAACUGGACACUCUGAUGCCGCUACUAUCGCUGAAUGGAAAGAUGGAAUCAACGAAUCGUGGGCUAAUCUACUAGAACUGAUCGAAACUCGCAAAAAGAUGCUUGAAGCUGCACGUGAACUCCAUAAGUACUUCCAUGACUGCAAAGAAGUCCUUGCUAUGAUCUACGAGAAGCAAAACCUCUUAACAGACGAUCUUGGUCGUGACCGAGCCAGUGUGCGACACUUGAAAAGAAACCUACAGAGUUUUGAAGCUGACUUGGCUCCKCUUGGAAAUGAGGUUGCUGCUGUACAAGAAGAAGCCAGUCGUCUUCUAGGGUCAUACGCAGGAGACAAGGCAAAAGAAAUCCAAGCUAAAGAAAACGAAGUAAUAGAAGCAUGGAAAAACCUCCAUCUCCGAGUUCGACGUCGMAUGGAGAAACUCCACGACGCCGACGAUUUGUACCGAUUCCUGAUGGCCGUCCAAGAUCAGAUGCUUUGGAUGAACGACAUGUUAAAGCAUAUCUUGACUUACGAGAAAGCAAAGGAUGUGUCAGGAGUUGAAGUUCUCAUGGACCAACACCAGAGCCGUAAAGUAGAAAUAGAUGGUCGUGAGGAGAGUUUUAAUGGCGUUAUCAAAAUGGGAGAAGAGUUAUUGGCCAAGAACCACUACGCUUCAGACGAGAUUCGCGAAAAAAUCAGUAUGUUGAAUCGCCAUCGUGAUGAAAUGCUUCUWGAGUGGGAUAAGCGAUGGGAACAUCUUGGACUAAUUCUUGAAGUCAUGCAGUUUGCUCGUGAUGCACAUCUUGCCGAGGGCUGGGUCAUGUCACAGGAAUCAACCCUUAAGACUGAUUAUACUGGCGUUGACAUCGCUGAAGUAGAGAAACUCCUGGAAAAGCAUUCCAACCUCGAAAAACUUAUCACAAGUCAAGAGGAUAGAUUUAAUGCUUUGGAAAGACUAACGACAUUUGAGCUCCGUGAAGCACGUCGCCGCCAAAUGGAAAAAGAACARAAAGAAAAGGAAGAAAGGGAAAGACAACAACGAGAAGAGAGAGAACGAUUAGAGGAGGAAAUCCGAGAACGUCAAAGAGAAGAAGAAGAGAAGAGACAAAAAGAAGAAGAGGAGAGAAGAAAAGAAGAAAUGGCUGAGACAGCCACUCCUUCUGCUUCUGAAGCCGUGCAACCGGAACCUCAACCAGACGAAACGGGUGAGGAUCAUGAUGUAGAAGGCAAGUAUAAUGGCUAYCUUCAUCGUAAACCAACAAUGGACGCUCCAAAUAGAAAGGCUGCUAUAAGACAAUGGAAGCAGUAUUAUGUCAUCUUAAAAGACUACGAAUUACGAUUCUUCAAAGAYCAAAAGAGUGCCAGUAGCGAACACCCAGCUGCACAUCCACUUUCAACGUUAGAAAGCGUUGCUGAAGUUGCCAGUGAUUAUACCAAGAGAAAACACGUAUUCCGAUUCAGAACGAAUGACGGCCAUGAAUUUUUGUUCCAAGCAAAGGAUGAUGACGAUCGAGACUUCUGGAUUGAACACAUUAAAGAAUGCGCAAAAGCAACCGAACCCAAAGCUUCYACUCCUGACAAGAAAGAUAAGAAAGGAAGUGGAUUUUUCGGCAAAAGAAGAAGCAAAAAUGUUGAAGAAAAGAAGUAAAAAUGGGAUUAUGUUCAGUAUUAUUAGCUUGCGACAGAACGUGUAAAUCUAGCGAGUAAAAUUGCAAGUACAUCACAUUGUUCUCUGGUGAAGACACUGUGGMAGCGUGUUGUCAGUUACAUGAACUGACCAAGGAUUGACUGUAGCAAUUUGGUUUAAAACUACCUUAAAAUAUAACAUAUUAACUAUCUUUAUCGACUAAGUUAAAACUAAGGAGCUACUAAAAACAUUUUAAAAUGUAAACUUAAUUGAUAGCUAGUCUGUUGUUUCUUGAAAUUAGGGCCCAAGCUCUCUCAAUGCGUUUUACUCGUUCAAUGAUACUUAAUGUUUGGUCAAUAAUGGCCAGCCGUUGCUAACCAGUUCUUUGACAUUACGUCUAUAACAGCCCUGUUACAGGAACCAUAAGUUAAAUAUAGCUUACACCAUUUCAUUCUAGAACRAUUGAUCAUACAUUGCUUCUUGUAUUUCAUUUACAAGUUAAGACAUAGAUUGUGGAUACGUUAAGAAAAUAAAUUAACUUUGACUCAAA